UGUGUCAUGGACCGUCAGCGAUGUACCUGUUAUGAACGUCGCUACGUUUGGUUGCCAGUGGCAACCGCAGCUCUUGUUGAAAUGUGACAUGGGUGGUGGCGUUUUUACUGAGCUGAGAUAAGCAGCCAGACAGGUAGUUUCUCAGAGAGAUGCACAUAUAACCUUUUAACUUAAACCAUAGUCUGUAUCCAAACUGAAGGAAUAUCAGUUUAGCUAUCGUGGGGUUAAUUCACUGGAGCAACGCGGAGGAAGUGUUCAGGCGCCUCCUCUGAUCUGUAGGAGAACCUGUUGGACUUACAGACCUGUCUCGUUGUGUGGGAGUACUGGAAGAAAUCAUCGACUACUGAGAGUCCUGCUGCAGGAGGCUCACCAGAAGCACCGAGGUAAAAUGAGUAUGGGGCCAACACAGUGUGAUGAAGUCACAGAAGUGGUGUGUCUGGAGUCAGACUUGCAGGAUGGACAGUAAUAUGAUUACCACAUUACAUUUUUUAUACAACAACACAAUAUUCAGUGCUACUGAAUAUACUGAAUAAAUCACACCCAUAGUACAUUAGUGUAAUGUUGGGAGAGACAAAUGGGCAGGAUGCAAAUGCAAGUCCUGGUUUUAUUAAAAAUCCAUGACACAAUAUCAGUAUCAAUAAAGGUGACAAAACAAAGACAGAACCCAACUGAAUGAAAUAAAGAAAACCGAAGACAGAGGAACGUGAAGAAACUAGAAAACCGGUGAGAGUUAACUAAAACAGGGCCUGAGAGAAUAACAUGCCAAGCAAACUCAAGGCAGGGGUAUAAAUACGCAUGGAACAGACCAGAAACACCUGGGACUAAAGAGAGAGCGGGACUACAGACAACAGACAGGUGAGACAGUUAACAAGAAAGCAGGACCAGGGAGGAGACAAUGAACAUAAGCACAUGGAACAAGAAAACAAAGACUGAGACAGGGCAAGACAGAAUGUUACAGUUAGUAUCUUGUGCUUGGACAGACAGCAGAUUCCUGUAUGACUGUUUUUUGCAUUACAGAAUGAAAGAGGUGGAGGUCAACCAUCACAAAAUUGUGCUGGUUCGUAAUGAAGGCAAGUUCAGUGCCGUGGGUGGUCUGUGUACUCAUUAUGGAGCUCCCCUUAUUAAAGGGGCUUUGGUGGGAAACAGAGUCAGAUGUCCUUGGCAUGGGGCUUGUUUUAACACUACGACUGGAGAUAUUGAAGAAUAUCCAGGUUUAGACUCUUUGCCCACAUACAAGGUGAAAGUUGAAGAUGGUAAAGUUUAUGUGACAGCAGGUAAACAGACGUUGACUAAGCGUGUUAAAGAAAUGAGCUGCAGAGUGCCUGGAGUCUGCCACACCGUGCUCCUGAUUGGAGGAGGUCCAGCUUCCUUACAAUGUGCAGAGACCCUCCGACAGAACAACUAUGGAGGGAGAAUUAUAAUAGUCACCAAAGAUGAGCAGCUACCUCUUGACAAGACCAAACUUAGUAAGGCCAUGAAUAUAGAGGUUGAAAAAAUUCUCCUUCGACCAAGUGACUUCCUCCAGCAGCAUGGCAUUGAAGUGUUAAAAGAAAAGGAAGUGGUGUCUGUGAACACGGAGGCUAAAACGGUGGCAUUCAAUGAUGGCACCUCCCAGCACUAUGAUCAGCUUUUGAUCUCUACAGGGGCCAGAGCUAGAGCCAUGCAGUGUCCAGGUGCUGAGAUGGAGAAUGUGAAACUCUUGGAGAGCUAUAAGGAUGCUGCUGGAAUUUAUCAGAUGAGCUUGGGCAAAAAGGCAGUUAUCAUUGGAACAUCGUUCAUAGGGAUGGAGGUGGCAGCGUAUCUGUCUGACAAAGCAGCCAGUGUAGCUGUUGUGGGAAAGUCAAAAUUUCCUUAUCAGUUUUCACUUGGACCAGAUAUUGGGAAAAUGACUAUGAAGAUGCUGGAGGAGAAGAAUGUGAAAUUCUACAUGAGCAGUGAUGUGGCUGAGAUGCGAGGUGUAAAGGGAAGGGUGAAGGAAAUUGUGCUGCAAAAUGGUGAUGUCCUCCCAGCAGAUGUUGUAAUCGUGGGAAUUGGGGUCAUCCCUAAUUCUCAUUUCCUGAAGGGGAGUGCGGUGGAAGUGGAUUCAAGAAAUGCUGUCGUUGUUGAUAAGUUCAUGAAAACCAACAUUCCAGAUGUCUUCGCCGCUGGAGAUGUGGCGUCUUUUCCUCUUUGUAUUCGUGAGGAUAAGAGGGUCCAAAUUGGACACUGGCAACUGGCACAAGCACACGGAAGAGUUGCUGCUUUAAACAUGCUGAAUAAGCAGACUGAACUCAACUCGGUUCCAUUCUUUUGGACUGUGCUGCUGGGAAAAAGUAUCCGAUAUACAGGAUACGGUGAAGGCUACACGGACAUUGUUUUCAAAGGAAACGUUGAUGAGAGAAAGUUUCUUGCGUUUUAUAUGAAAGGUGAUGACGUCGUAGCUGCAGCCAGCUUGAACUUUGACCCUGCUGUGGCAAAGGUGGCAGAAAUAAUGGCAACAGGGAAGAAAAUCACAAAGUCACAAGCCGAAUCAGAGGACCUUGGUUGGUUGCAGCUGCCUUAAAAUAAACAUCUGCGUGACUGAAGACUGCAAAAUGUUCCCUUAUUGGGUCAAAGGAAACUUUUAUGCUUUACGUUUCUAUUGCACACUGCCGUCUGAUACUCCGUUUACUGAUAAAGAGUGCCUUGAUAUUCUGAAUCAUGAGCAGUUUGAAUUUACAUGUAAUGUCUUCUGGACCAAUGAUUCAGUGGCUCAGAGAUGACUGACAACUAAUCAAAGUACUUGAAUAUCUAUUAUAACACUGGAGAAAUUGUGUUUGUAUUAGUUUCCAAUCUUCCUUUAAGAGCUUUUAAUAUUGUAUAGUAUAAACAUACAUGAUGACUUGAUAUUACUAAUUUUGAAUUCAACUUAUUCCUCUUCUUAUUUAGAAAUGAAAGUAAUUUAAAUCUUUCAAAGACUCUGUAACUGUGUCAUUUCAUUUAACUGUCUGUAUCUGUAGUCAUUUGAAAUGAGAAAUGGAAUUGAAAAGAAGGUUGUUUGGGGAUUUACAGUUAUACUUCUAGUACUGUGCAGAUUGCAGUGAGUUAAGUGUAUUCUGUUACAUAUGCAGAACUGUGGAUUUGAUGUGUCUGUGAUUUAAUAAAAAUGUGGUAAGUGAAUGUGGAA